AACUGGCUUAAACCCUUAAACCUCGGCAGCCAUGAAUCGAGCAAAGGCGGUCCUCACUUCUCUCCGAGUCGCCAACUCGCUCCUACUGAGUCGGGUCCGCUCCACAGCUCGGCCUCUAUGUUCCCAGGUGACUCACUUCCCUCGUUUACUUUCAAAUCAAUCUCAGAGCUUCCAUUUCCUCAGCACCCAACAACGCCUCUCCUUUUCCUCCACACCCAACUCGGUCCUGCAACUCGUUCUGGCCAAGGAGUGGUCCGCUGAGUUGGAGACCGAGUUGGCUGAGUCACAACCAUCACUCACCCACGAUGUGGUUAUCUAUGUUUUGAAGAAACUGUAUAAAGACCCACCAAAGGCUUAUAGCUUCUUCAAUUGGGUCUGUGAGAAAAAUGGGUUUAGUCCAAGCCAUUCGAUCUUUAGCUUAAUGCUUAGGGUUUUAGUGCAUAGGGAUACAAUGAGACAGUUCUGGGUUGUUUUAACCAAAAUGAAAGAGCAAGGGUUUUACAUUGAUGUGCAGACGCAUUUGUCAAUUUUGGAACAGCUUAAGAGUGGGAAGAUGGAUGCCGAGGUUUCGGCUUUCAAGCAUUUUUAUGAGAGGAUGGUUCAGGAUAAUGCUCAUGAUGAGGUUGUGAAGAAGGUGGUGGACGUUGUUUUGGGGGCAGAGUGGAGUGAUAAGGUUGAGAAAGAAUUGGGGGAGCUUAAUGUUGUGUUAUCGGAUAAGUUUGUUGUAAGGGUCUUGAGGGAUCUACGAGUUUCCCCCUCGAAAGCCUUGAGGUUUUUCCACUGGGUGAAACAGUGUGCCGGUUAUGAGCACAGUAGUGUUACAUACAAUGGAGUUGCAUUGGCUCUAGGACAGGCUAGUUCAAUUGGAGAGUUUUGGAGUGUGGUCGAAGAAAUGAAGGUUGCGGGUCAAGAGCUGGAUUUAGAUACUUACAUUAAGCUUUCGAGGCAGUUUCAGAAGUGCAUGAUGAUAGAGGAUGCAGUGAAGCUUUAUGAGAUCAUGAUGGAUGGUCCUUAUAAGCCUUCUGUUCAGGAUGUCAGCGUGCUUUUAAGAAGGAUCUCAGCAAAUGAGAACCCGGAUUUGGAUUUGGUGUUUAGAGUUGUAAAGAAAUUCGAGUCUGCGGGGUUUGCACUCUCUAAGGCUGUUUAUGAUGGGAUUCACAGGUCUUUGACUAAAGCAGGUAGAUUUGAUGAAGCAGAGAAGAUUUUGAAGGACAUGAGAGAUGCGGGGUUUGAGCCAGACAACAUUACAUAUAGCCAAGCGGUCUUUGGACUUUGCAUGGCUAGGAAACUCGAAGAAGCCUGUGAACUGCUGGAUGAUAUGGAAGAAAAUGGAUGCGUUCCUGAUAUAAUGACUUGGACGAUUUUGAUUCAAGGCCAUUGUGCUGCUAAUGAAAUUGACAAGGCGCUGAUUUGUUUUGCUAAGAUGAUGGAAAAAGGAUGUGUAGCAGAUGCGGAUCUUCUUGAUGUCUUGAUAAAUGGAUUCAUUCAGCAGAAGAAGGUAGAUGGUGCAUACAAUCUGCUAGUUGAAAUGUUGAAUACUGCUCAUGUAAGACCUUGGCAAGCCACAUUCAAAAAGCUUAUUGACAUCCUAUUAGAAGCCAAAAGGCUCGAGGAAGCAAUGGAGCUUCUUCGCUUAAUGAAGAAGCAGGGCUACCCACCUUAUCCGGAGCCUUUUGCCCCCUACAUAUCAAAGUUUGGCUCUGUGGAGGAUGCUUUGGAAUUUUUCCAGGCAUUGUCUGUGAAGGUAUAUCCAUCAUAUGGAGCUUAUAUCCAUGUUUUGAAAUCAUUCUUUAGAGAAGGUAGACACUCUGAGGCCAAGGAUCUGCUUUAUAAAUGCCCACUUUAUAUUCAAAAACAUGGUGAAGUUCGCAAAGUAUUUGGCCCUACAGCAAGAAGCAAGACUACGUCUACUAUUCCCCAGAAAAGCAAGACUGCUCUUAUUGCUUCAAGUUUGCACCAGUAGUCGCAUUAGAAAACUUUUGGUUUCACUGAAAAAUGUAAGACUACUGAUACUUCUUGAAAUAUGUUCUGAUGAUUGCAUGAGAUCUGAAAUGGAAUUUAUGCU